AUGUCUCAGGGUCGGAAGAAUAUGCCCCAUGCCCAGGAGAAAUGCAACCGGGGUCAGGAUGACUCCAAGAGUCACAAGACACUUCAGGCAGUAUCAGUAGUGGAAGAAGAGUCCCCCUGCUGCUCUUCUUCUGUUUUGGGGGGUAAUCCCAAGAUUACAUCAGCUACUGUGACAAGUAGCAUUUCCCAGGGCUCUUGGACAGCCUCAUCUACCAUCAUUGCCUUUUCACGUGCUUUUCAUACAAGAUCUGAUACAGAUGAUGAAAGCCUAGAUGAAGAACAUGCACGCUCCUCUAACACCUUAUCUUCUGCGAACUCAUGGAGUGAGAUUCUAACUAUGAAAGUGGAAUUCGUGGAGCAGUAUCUUCUGUACAAGUAUAAAAUGAAGCAGCCCAUUCUGAAGGAAGAGAUGAUCCAGAUUGUAGGCAGAAACAACCGAGACGAGUUUGAUGACAUCCUCCAGAAAGCCUCUCAUCGUAUUGAGGCCGUCUUUGCAUUGGACUUGAAAGAAGUCAACUCAAGCAACCGCUCAUAUCGCCUUGUCAGCAAACUGAACCUCCCCAAUAAUGGGAGGGUGUAUGCUGGCAGGGGAUUACCCAAGACAGGUCUCCUGCUGAAUAUCCUGGGCCUGAUCUUCAUGAAGGGCAACUGUGCCAGUGAGGAGGAGAUCUGGGAAUUCCUGAAUAUGCUGGAAGUAUACGCUGGGAGGAAACACCGCAUCUACGGGGAGCCCAGGAAGCUUAUUAACACAGAGUUGGUGCAGCUACAGUACCUGGAGUACCGCCAGGUACCUGACAGCAAUCCUGCAUGCUACGAAUUUCUGUGGGGCCCAAGAGCUCAUGCUGAAACAAGCAAAAUGCAAGUCCUGGAAUUUUUGGCCAAGGUUAAUGACACAGUCCCUAGUGCCUUCUCACCCUGGUAUGAAGAGGCUUUGGAAGAUGAAGAGAGAACACGAGCCACAAGGGCAGUGAGGGCUGCCACUGGUGCCACAGCUGGUCAUGAUAUCACGGGACCAGCUUCUUCUACCCCGAAUGAUGUCUGA